AUGUCCAAAACUCCAACAGGUCUUCAAGACUCAAUCUGGGCCAUAAACGGCCGCUCCCGCCUCGCAAACUCAGCUCCUUCAACGCGCUCAUCUUCACAGCCUGUAGCACGCGCAUCCUCGCAACCUUCACGGCCCCCACCAUCUUCAGCCCCUCCAAGAAACCCAGUUUCCAUAACAACAUCGACUACGCGCUUAAACCCAACACAGGCUUUUCACCGCUUCGAGCAGGCUUGUCAGCGUCUACGAUGGAAGUACAUCGAUUUACAGACUUCUUACCAUCGCGCGUUAAAUCCAGAGGAAUUCGGCUUCUUGAUCGCAGACGCAGAGCGGAACUUCAAAGUUGACUUCCAUGAGUUUUAUGCAUGGAUCGAACAAGCGCUUGUACUUCUCCUGAUGGUCUUCGGUAUAUCAGUCUCGCGCGGGACAUUAUACAAAACGGGAAAUCACACCUAUCACGAGAACGUGCUCAUGGAGCUAGAAAUGCCAGAUUGUCCGGUCCACGAAGCGCUAGGGAAGGGUGAAGUGAACCAAGCACUGCGUAAGGCGAAAGAGCUUCGGAACCGCUGGAAGGAUGUUACUGAGGGGAAGGAAACGCCGCCAUUGAAGAUGUAUGAUCUGACGUGGCUUGUUGGACAGAUCUUGGGAGGGUUGGAGGUUGGGUAUGGCAUUGCAGCAGGGAGAAUGCAGGAAGCGAUACAGAGGCAGUGGGAUGAUGGGGAUGAACAUAUGGUCAUGGCAGAGGUUCAGGGGGAUGACGAGUGGGAGUGGAUGGUUGAGCCGAUGGAUUGGGAGGUUGCGUAG